UUCGGCGCUGCCUGUCAAACAAGGAGGCAAUCCUUCUUCGGUGGAUUACAUUUUAGAAUAACUAAACAGCGACAUGGAAUCGGAGAAAGUAGUGCAAUCAACAGGUGGGUAUCCUAAAAAGACAAAUGGUGUCUCCAUUUAGUCAAUCGAUACAACUCAUCGAACAAAACGUAUUAAGAGCAGGUUAUCGAUAGUUCACAAAAGGUUAACAGUAACAACAUCGCUAACGUAAGCUAACUAGCUACAUUAGCUAGGCAGUUUAGCUAACUCUGAACCGAAUGUGACACGUUUCACUUGCCAGUUUCACUUAUAGCUAGUUUACUGUUUCAGACCGAGUCGUUAUGCACUGAGUCAAAUGUUAGAAUAACUUGGGUGAUACAGAGCCACACAGUCAGAUUAGCUGGCUGGAUUUGAAUGUUGACACAAACGAACGAAUCUGAAAGUGAUACAGUAACGAGCUACUCAUUGAUCUCAAUGCAGUAGGUCAGGCAGGCAAUGACUCGUUUCUAAACUGGCUGGAUUAUUUUUUUCUAUAAGGGAUUUGAACUUAAUAAAAAUGUAUAUGCACCACCAACUAAAGAGUCUGUAGCUCACCUGCGUGGUUCACUUCUGGUGUAGUUGUAAAGUUUCAAGCCUAGAAUUAUGUUGUCAAUCAUAAUGUGACCUUAAUUGGCAUGUCAGUGUAACUAGUCUAUCUAUUUAGUUAGCAACAAAUAUAGUUGCCAAUAUUGUCUAUACAGAGGGACUGCUUUGAUAUUUGUUUACUGAUAAACAUGUUAAAGUGGAGGUAUGCCUUGUUGCGUCAAGCUUCCUUUAUUAUCACCACCUCAUUGCAGAGACAGGGACUAAAACAAUAUUAGCCAAAAAGUCCUUGCUAAUGAGUUUUGAUGUUUGUACUCCCAGGAGAGGAUGUCCCUGACCCAGAGGAGGAAGAGAAGAGGCUGGCGGCAGCAGCCCGGGAAGCCAACCAUCUAUCUGAGCUGAGGCUGGUGCUGUUGGGCUGGAGGUGGCCUGGGAAGAGCCUGACAGGCAACACCAUACUGGGCCGCGAGGAGUUCCGCCAGGAGCGGGCGGCAGAAUUCUGCGUCAAGCGUCAGACAGAGGUGGAGGGGCGCCAGGUGACGGUAAUAGACACGCCGGGCUGGUACUCCACCCAGGCCACACCGCCGGUCUACCAACAGGAGAUGGUGCGGGGCGCCUCCAUGUGUGGGCCCCCAGGCCCCCAUGCUUUCCUGCUGGUCAUCCCCGUAGACAUGUUUACCGAGGUGGACCGGGCCCGCAUCGAGGAGCACCUGGCCCUGUUCGGGGAGCGUGUGUGGAAGCAUACCAUCUUGGUGUUCACCUGGGCGGAGGUGCUGAGGAACAUGUCCAUCGAGAGGCACAUCAAGCGAGAGGGGAAGGAUCUGCAGUGGGUGCUGGAAAAGUGCAAGAGGAGGUACAUUGUCAUCAGUAACUACAUAUUUGGGGAGCACCCCCAGCUACGGCAGCUCAUGGAGAAGAUAGAGAAGGUGGUGGAGGAGGAGGGCAUCUAUAACCCAGAGGAGGUAGAGGAGAAGAAACCUCUGGGCCAGAAUCAGAACCAAACCCAAAACCGGGAGCUUGGGGCAAGGCCCAAAGUGAACUCUGCCAUAGGAUUGGCCAAAAUGGACAUGGACCCACCCCACAGUGAGUGACAGCUUUACUGACAACUCAGACAUAGUCUGGUACCA